AUGAGAGAAUCUAUAUCUGCAACUACAAGGCUUCUAAUAACUCUCCGCUAUUUGGCAACAGGAAACACAUAUACAGAUUUAUCAUAUGGAUUUCGAGUUUCAAUUCCUUCUAUUUCUCAACUUGUACCAGAUACUUUGAAUGCUAUAAUUAAGGUUUUAGCAAAAGACUAUCUUAAAGGGUGUACUACACAGGCCGAAUGGAAACGUGUAGCUGAUUCAUUUUAUCGCAAGUGGAAUUUUCCCAUGUGCCUAGGUGCUAUUGAUGGCAAACAUAUUGCUUUUAGAGCAAAAUCUAAGGAUGGUUCUUACUAUUAUAAUUAUAAGGGAUAUAACAGCAUUAUUUUAUUAGCAAUAGUAGAUGCAAAUUAUAGGUUUAUAAUGGUAGACGUAGGUAGAGCAAACGACGCUGCAGCUUUUAAUGCUUCCGCUAUCGGUAAUGCCAUUAAAAAUAAUUUUCUGAACUUUCCUGAAAACGAAGAACUUCCAGGUACAAAUACUAAGGUACCUUAUGUUUUUGUUUCCGACGAUGCCUUUAGAUUGUCUUCAAGAAUCUUAAAGCCGUACAGCCAAAGACAAAAAAAGGAAAAUAAAAUAUUUAAUUAUCGUUUGUCACGAGCACGUCGAGUGGCCGAAAAUGCAUUCGGCAUACUGGCAAACCGAUUUCAAAUUUUCUUUAAAGAAAUUAAUCUCCCUGUUGAGAAAGUUGAAAUUGUGACAUUGGCUUGUUGUGCCCUUCACAAUUUCAUACUUAGAGAUUUCGAAGAACAGCCUCCUACAACUAUCAUCGAUCUUUGCAGUUUAGAUAAGGCACCUGGUAAUAAUUAUGCUGAAGAAGCUUCAGAAAUUAGAGACACAUUUUCGAAUUUCUUCAAUAAUGUAGAUAUUCUUCCAUGGCAGGAACAAUCCAUCAAUAAAUUUAACUUUUAA